CCCCGCCUCCCCCCCAGGAAGAGUUAGAAUUGGACGCGCGCAGCGGGCUGUCUGACUUUGCCCGAGACGCCGACGCUUGGCAGACAGUGCGCGCGGCGGUGCGGUGUGGCGAGUGGAAGCCGGCUGUGUGUUUGCGCGCGCGGAGGGAACGCGCGUAAACCGCUGCAACUCUUGAGCCUUCCCUGAAGGGUGGGGAGGUCGACAGGGGCUUUAAGGAGCAUGGCAUUGACGAGAAGGCUCACACGCUGACAGGACUCGGACUUCGGCAGGAAAGCUGCAGUUUCAGAAACAGAAAAGUCGAUGGGGUUUAAAGUGCGGCACACGUGUCUGCCACGAGCGACCCUGUAAACAUUUAAAAGGCGUUUUACUUCUUGUCCGGGACUGCCUGCCGGAGCAUUUUUUCCCCGUGCCCAUUUUUUGGUAAUCUCCAGCAACCGUGCAGACCAUGGAACAACAAGCCCCCGAUCCGUUCUACGAGGACGUGAGAAAAUGUGGUUAUUUGAGAAAACAGAAAUCCAUGCACAAGCGUUACUUCGUGCUCCGCGGGGCCUCGGACAGGGGUCCGGCCCGUCUUGAGUGCUACGAGAACGAGAAGAAAUUCCGUGCCAAGGCCCCCGUCCCCAAGAAGGCGCUGAACCUGGAGACGUGCUUCAACAUCAACAAACGGGCCGACGCCAAGAACAAGCACCUGAUCGUGCUGUACACCCGGGAGGAGAGCUUCUCUAUCGCGGCCGAGAGUGACGUCGAGCAGCAGGGCUGGUACGAGGCCAUGCUGCAGCUGCAGUGCCAGAGUAAAAUCCAUGGGGAGAAUGUUGAAUAUGGGGUAGCUACUCCUGGACCUGCCUUUAAGGAGGUAUGGCAAGUUAAAGUUUGGCCAAAGGGACUUGGCCAAGCAAAAAACCUGGUGGGCAUUUACCGGCUCUGCCUCACAGACAAGACUGUGAACUUUGUUAAGCUCAAUUCAGAUGCAGCUGCUGUUGUUCUCCAGCUAAUGAAUGUUCGGCGUUGUGGACACUCUGAGAAUUUUUUCUUUGUUGAAGUGGGUCGCUCUGCAGUAACAGGACCUGGUGAGUUUUGGAUGCAGGUUGAUGAUUCUGUUGUUGCACAAAACAUGCAUGAGACACUUUUAGAAGCUAUGAAAGCCCUAAAUGAAGAGUUUCGGCAACGAAGCAAAAGUCAGUCCUCUUCUACAUCGUCCAACCCUAUCACUGUUCCCUCAAGAAGGUACCACCCUAAUCCCCCUCCAAGCCAAGUUGGGUUCUCGCGCAAAUCCAGAAGUGAAACUCCAAACCCAACUAGCAAUGUUUCCCCAACACAAGUCUCUAAAAUUAGCUAUCCUAGGGGACGCACAUCUAGUGAUGGGAGUCGUUCUAAUCAUGAAGAAGGAAGCUGUGGAAGUCCAAGCAAUUCAUGUUCCACUACCCCCACUUUAAGACCAAAAUCUUCAAGGGCCAAAUCAUCCUCCAAAACUGUGCCAAACCAUGUCAAAUCAACCCCAGUAUGUACAGCUCCCUCACCAGCCCCUAGUCCUGCAAGUCUUUCCUCAAGCAGUGGCCAUGGCUCUGAAUGUGGAGCAUAUGCUAGAGGAGUCAGUGUUAGUGAAGCCUCAGUUUCUGGGUCCCUAAGUGAUUAUGGGUCAUCAGAUGAAAGUGCUUGUAGCCCUGGUGAUGCUCCACUUUUUCAUGGUCAUUUAGCUUCUGAUCUUUUUAAUACAUGCACUUUAACUGGGGAUAAGAUGGCUGACUAUAUCACCAUGGGUAGAAGGGGUGGACACAGUCUAAUGCAGCAUCCACCUCCUCCCAGAAGAAUCCUGCGACGUUCUUCAAGCAGAGAUGGCGAGGCUGAACGUAGGUUGUUGAGUAAACGGGCAUCUCUUCCUCCAAUGUCUCUUGAAAAGGUAACUCCAGGACUGUCUCGUCGGCAUGUUAAUGUUGCAUCAGCUGCUGAAGAGGAGGGGAUAGAGGAUGACUACGCAGUUAUGUCUCGUAGUACAAGUCGGGAAUCCUUCACACGAGUUGCUUUGGGAGGAAGUUAUUUAGAUAUUCCUGGUAAUGAUUCCCAAGAAGCUAACCGAAUGGUUGGCCAUGUUGAACAGACUGUUGAUAAUGGGUACAUGUCAAUGCUCCCUGGUGUAGUUAUCCCAGUCUCUGGCCAAGGUACUGCAGUUGAUACUAACUCUAAACCAGAUGAUUACAUGUCAAUGACUCCUAACAGCACUGUUUCACCACCACAACAGAUUAAUGCACGUGUGUCUGAUGGAUACAUGAUGAUGUCUCCUAAUAGCAGUUGUUCACCAGAUCAGCGUGGAAGCACAUGGGGAGGACACCAUCUACCAGGUGGUGGGGGUAGUAGUGUGGACAGUAAAACUGGAAGUGACUACAUGAAUAUGUCUCCGGUCAGCAGUCGCUCUGCCUGCAGCACACCUCCUGAAGGAUUACCACUUCUCCCAGAGGUGCCUAAAAUGGUUUAUUCUUAUUAUUCUCUACCAAGGUCUUAUAAACACAGUUCUGCCAAUUUUGAUAAUGAUACUGGUAAAGAGGUCCAGGUUGAGAAUAGUAAGAUUAACAAUGGCUACCUUAGUAGACCAAGACUGCUAAACAGAGAUGUACAUAGCUCGCAUCCAGCUACCAGGUUGCUAUCUUCAUCCUCUUUUUCAUCUGGCUCAGCCAGUAGUGAGAGUCUUGGAGAAGUAGAAGAACAUACAACCAGAGGAAGGUUUUUUCCUGGCUCAGUUUCUGGUACUGAUAAUAUUCUGAAAGAGGACUACAAAGGAGUAGCUGGUCAUAGUCAAGUUGGCAAGGGCAGCCAUCGCUUUCGGCCAGUCAGCCUGUUUGUGGAUGUUGCCAAAGCAAACACCUUGCCUAGAGUCAAGGUAACUCCUUUGCUUCCUGAGCCAAAAAGUCCUGGUGAAUAUGUGAGCAUAGAAUUUAGAGAUGAUGUUGGAGUGCCUGCCAGGGUGCUGAAGAGGCCAACUUCAUGCAUAAGCGGCCUUCAUUCUAGCCCAAUUCAGCCCGACCACCUUGGGUCAGAAUAUGUAAACAUGGAAUUGGGCCCUCCUGUGACUUUUGAUGGUUAUCAAGCACCAUUGUCUGGCUUGGUUUAUGAGGAGAGGAAUUUGGUAUGUGACUCAAGACCCAAAAUUAAUGAAGACCCUAAUCCUAAAUUCAGCACAGUUAACAAAACAUGUGGUACUGCUUCACCCUUGGAUUCUCCUUCCUUUGGAGACUACACAGAGAUGGCCUACAGUCCUGGGCCAAAGUUGCCAAUAGAAGCACCGGCAUCCCAGUAUGCUGAGGAGGACCACUCUGCCAUCGUACAGCCACCAUUGCCAAUUUUGAGCCAUGUUGCUUGUGAAUUUCCUCUCCAAAAAAUAAACCCUAAUCCAGACCAGGGAGCUAAAGUGAUCAGGGCAGAUCCUCAGGGACGUAGGAGGCACUGUUCAGAAACCUUUUUAGCUCCCAUGGUUCAACAGCCUCUGUUAACUCAUUUGACUCAGUCUACCGCAUCUCCGUUUACAGAUCAGUCAUCAAAAUGUUCUGAUGUGGAGGCGUAUGGCAUAAAUGCAAGUUUUGACAUUACAAAUGAGCUUGCUGCUACCCCUCAAUCUUACAUCCCUUCGACUGCUUCAAUUCCAGCGUCUGCCUCUCCUCCACCCUCUACUUCUCCUUCUGGGGAGCAAGGACUCAAUUACAUAGACUUGGACUUGGCCAACAAAGAUAUCGCUCAUACUGCUUUAGAAGGUACAGCAACCACACAACCACCUGUUCGCAUGUUUACUUCUUUACUCAGCAAUGGAGGCAGUACUGCAUCCACUUUGAACACUUAUGCCAGCAUUGAUUUUCAUAAGUCAGAGGAGUUGCGAUCCUUCAAGAGCAAUGGAAGAGAGAGCACAGACUGCUGAAACCCUUCAACAUUCACUUACCGGAUUCUGGGACACAGCUGGAUUCAAUUGUUGUUCCUGAUCUACCACUGUGGCAGUGAGUGGAGCAGUUAGACUCCAGAAGCUAUGGGUCACCACUCAUUAAUUUCAAAUACCCUUCUCUUUAUUGCUUCAUAAAGAUUGCUAAAAUUAUGGGAAAAAAAAUAUAAGAAUGCAUUCAAAAUACUGAAUAUGGCCAUUUCAUUUGGGAAACUAAAUAAAUGAACUUUCAUCUAUAGCGAGAGACAUUGCCUGAAUUCAUCUUUAUUUAAAAUUUUCUUUUUUUAUGGAAAAAAAAUCCUUUUUUUUUUUUUUUUAAACAUAAGUGCCUCUUAUUUUGGUGACUAUGGACAUAUUUCAGUCACCACUUUUCAAUGUAGAUUACAAAGUCCAUCCAUUUAUGCGAAAAGGGAAAAAAGCUAAAAAAUAAGUUAAAGCCUUAUUUCCAUAUUUUAUAAAGGAGAAAAGCCUUUUUUUUCCAAAUCAUACAGUGCCUGGAUGCUCAUAAUUUCUUGAGGAUAUGGAUUCAUUUUGAUUGAAAAUGCCCUAUCCAUAAACACUUUUUGAUUAAUUAUCUCUUUACAAAACUAUACAAAUGAAAGGCACUGGAAAUGAUAAGCAGCUACCUGUGGCUUAUUCCACAUUUUACAAAGGGAACUUAACAAUAUUAAAGGAGAUAUGUGAUGUUUCACCUUUUGACAUCACAAAUUACAUUGUAAAAUCUUUUAACUCAUUAACACACAAGUAAUAUCUUGAAGUGUUGGACUUGUGCCAUUUUUUUAGAACUUUUCCAAUUUUGAGGUAUCCGACUUAUGUAAGAUACUGGCUGCUAACCUUGGUAACCAUUUUUGGAAAUCGAUACAAAGUAGCACUUCAGAGAUACAGUAGGUGUAAUGUGGAAGCAGUUUCCACUUUGGCAUCUGGACAGCAGUCCUGAUAUACACAAAAAUAAAAUAUUACAAUACCACGCAAGGGAUACACAUUUUAGAGAAAAAAAGAUCAUGCCUACAUUUUAAGCAGUUGUUUGAGGUCAUAAUCCUGGUCAGGGAGAUCUUUAAUGCCUGCUUGUUUUCAUCCUGCUCAGCUGUUGAUUAUCAUCUACCAGUCUUGAUUAAAGUAAUCAUUUCCUUGAUUUUUUUUUUUUCUUUUAAUUUCUGGCUGAAGCCGCAGCUUUUAAACACUGAUCUUUAUGUGUGAUAUAGUUAAAUUUUAGCAGGUCACAUAAAUCAUUGGAAAUUAAUGCAGUGAGUCUGCAGUAAAUAAAGUACAAAACUCUGUUAACAACACAUUCUUAAAUAGAUUAAGUCAGUACUACAGUUUCUGUAGCUUGUGUCUUCUUCCCUGCAGAUUACCAUAUUACUACUUUUCUGUGUCAUCAUGCCGUCUUGUAUUAAGCACAUGGUGACAUUUUUUGAACUUCUGUUUGGUGGAGUGUGAAUUUAAACACUUUAUUAAUCAAAAAAGAAUCAGGAAAUAAAGCCACUCUCCAAAGUCUCAUUUUAAAGGAUGAAACUUUUUUUGAGAAGAAUCUCCCCAUUUCAAAUUUUGUCGUUUUUACUAUUUUGUUUAGGCAUACACCUGUCGUUACCCCCUAAACUCUAAUCCAAAAAAAUAUACAUAAUAAUGAAGAAUUUUGCCUCACCUUUUGAGGGGAAACCGAUUAACUCUCCAGAGAGCAAAAUAUACUAAAUAAACACUACAUAGUCCUUGUGUUGUGGUAGGGGUUUUGGCCUCGGCGUACUGGUAAACUGCAAAUUCCAGUGUUUAGGUUGUAGCUCUUUAAUGAAAUUUCAUUCCUUAUUUGUUAAAGUUGCCUUUAUUGAAGAAAAACAAACAAAAAAAUAGUUUAAGAUCCGUUUAGCGAACGUUUUUUUGAAAUGAGCCAGAUGCUGUCACUUGUAAUUUAACUUUCAACUCUAAUGAAAGUUCUUCUCUUGCACUGUGUCGUAAACAGAAUAAUACCUUACAGGGGUCUUAUAAUACAUCUAGCCAUCACAACCACUUGUGCUAUUAUUAGUGUUACAACUUUUUUUGUCCUAAACCAUGUUGUACUCAUUUUAUCAGGAGCAAUUGUCUUUAUCCAGUAGUGCCUGUUUUUUUCAUUAACUUAUUGCUGCUUUACUAGUUUUUGGAUUUCCCAACUUUAGUCAACUACAGUGAAAUCAACAGGUAUCUUUGCUCUGGUUUGGCUGUUAAUAUAUCAUACUCUUGUCAUUUAGCCUGCUGUUAAUAUGUUAAGUUUUCUGUUUGCCAAAUUGUCUUGCUUAAUGCCAGUCAGCAAAUGUACUCAAGCAGUUUUUUUGGUGUAUUGUUUGUCAUGUUUUUCCACCAUAGAGAUUAGUGUUCUCUGAAAAAUGGAAAUGGGAGCAAGCUGAAGCUCAUGUGGCUUUAAUUUGUUUAUCCACUGGCAUUUUGAUCACAGGCCAGUUUGGAAUGACGGCUGCUAAAUUUCAUUCGAAAUGGGGACAUAUUCUUGACACACAUGGCGCACUGGCAAGUGUGGCUUUCUACCCUACAAUUAGGAUAGGGAAACAUUUCAGAAAUGGUUUUGAGUUUCUCAAAGUGGAACUAUUACACACAUGUGCCUUAAUAUAUCUAUUUUUAAUUUCUAUUUAUUAAGAAAGUAAAUUAAUAAUGUAUUAUCAAAAAUUAGAUUUUUCCUAAAUAAUAAUAAUGAUGUUAGAGUCUUUAAAGGUUGGGAUAGAUGGUCUAAAAUUUAGACUCUCGUUUCAGCAGAAGUCUCCACUGUGUAUUUUUAAUAGAAUAAUUUUAAAGAGCAAGGUAGUUGGCUUAAUUAAUUCAAAGUUGGCAUGCACACUAUUUUGUAUGCUUUGUCGUGUUUACAUUUUUAAAAUUUGUUUUAGUCAGAACAUGUAGUUUUAAAUCAAAGUUUCUAAUGAGCAGGAAACAUCUUGUAUGCAAAUGAGAAGUUCAGUAUGUUGUGUACACUUGGCUGACUUGAUAUGUGUAAUUAAUUGCUACAGAAAGAUGCUUUUAAAAAAAACAAUAGAUUGGGAGAUGAAGAUGAUUAAUGUUUAGCAGCCAUCCAAUUCACUCAUUCAAGCACCUUCUGGAGUGCUGCGAUACCCUGCAGUAGUAGGAUAUAGUAGCCAUUUUAGUCCAGCUAGUCAUACCAAAUGGUGAAUGCAUUUGGCAGCUAGUAAUGUGCAAUUUUAUUUUGUGAAAUUAAUCUGCAUUAUAGUGUAAUCUGUCUUGGUAUAUUAAAUCUCUUUGGAUAUUAUUCAUCUAUUGAUGUUUUGCAAACUUUGUGGGUUUUUUUUUUUUUUUUGGUUUUUUUUUUCCGUCUGUGUGAAUUCAUGUUUGAGGUCCUCAGGGACUUGACUAAUAAUGUGAAGCAAAGUUUGACUAAAUGUCCAUAUUCACCAAGUUGGUAUUACUUACAACAACUUUAAAAACACUUAACUAUCAUUCUUUUCUUUUUGUCGUUUUUGUCCCUUAUGUUUACUAACAGAACACCUAUAUAAUUUUGCUUUCAUUGAGAAGAUGGAGUAUGCCUAGUAUUAAAGUGAAUUACAGAAUAAGUAAGCACUUACUUGGCUGGUAAUUUUACGUUCCAUUCCACUUUUGAACUGGUACAAGGUAUUCAAUAAAAAAAAAGUCACUGAUUUUAAACUUUAUAUUAGAUUUUUUUUUUCCCCCAAACACAAGCAUAGUUUGAAUUUUCCAUAUAAAAGGGUUGCACUUCUUCCAAAAAGUGAGAUGUGUAGGAGGAUAAAAACAAUCCUUCCUCUCAUGUUUGCUUGUUAACAAAGCUAAAACAAAUCCUGUAGACUUGACCACUUUGGUAGACAACAGGCAGAUGUGUGGUUUUUUUAACACAUAUUAACUUGUAUACUUUUCAGUACCAAACCCCCAUUUAUUAGUAGUAAAAAUCACAGUAUUGUCACUGACAAUGGGCCAAACUGCCUUGUAGUUUCAUUCAUUGGCUUUUUGUACCUCUUAUUGGUGUAAGCAGAAUGUCAGUUUUAUGAAAGGCUAUCCGCUUUCUUCUCUGUGCUAAUUACUAGCAAAUGUGAAGAGCAAUAGCUAAGGGUUCUUUCCAUUUUCUGGUUAAUAUGCCAUUUCCUAAUAUCAUUUUGUAUGUCCACUUGCAGUUGUUUGUUAGUGAUACUGAUGUAGAAUUUUGACUAUAUAUAAUGUUAAAACACCUAUUGUUAAUGGCUUUAUCAUAAAGAAAUAAAGUAGAUGAAGCAAAUGGGAAUGCAAAUAAUAUUCUAUCAGUAUUUGCAGAAACAUGAAAGGUUUUCACAUCCUUGAUUAUUUAUUUCUCACUUCCCUCUCUCUGACUUGCUGGUUUAAACAUCUCCAGUGUCUCUUGCUUCUUUUGCUUCUUGACAACCCUCAUAAAGGAAAGUCACUGCUGUUCAAAAGCGUGAUCCCCUUGCUGCUCACUUAAUGUGCCAUUUUGCUUUGGCUGUUUUUGAUGUAAAUAUUAGUAUAUGAAAACAACAGUGUGUUUUGUCAAUACUUCAAAAUAUGUACUAUCUGGGAAGUUGAAACAAAGAAUCACAUGUUUGCCUUUUGCCCUCUGUACCCCUCUGGGUGGGUGGAGGGAUUCUAAAUUUGUUUGUUGACCAUCUUUUUGUUUGUCUCCAGCUUCUUCUUUUAGCAGUCUCGUUCUCCAUGAAUUCUAGAUUUCUUCUCACACUUAGGGGGGGAAAAAAGUACAUGUUAGAGCAUUGCUGCAUUUACAUGUGGGCUGUUCAGAUCAAACUACUGACAAGUACAGAGAAUCCAUGUAAUAGCCUAGUGCUGAUAUUUAAAGUGAAUAAGCUCGAAAAUACAGAAAACUAAAAACAGCAACGCUUCACUGUCAUUCUGGUAUGAAUGAAGCAUGUGGAGGUUUUUCUUUGGUGAAUCUUUUAUAAGCUUGUUUAAAUAAAAAAAAGUAUUGGUAUAUGUGUGUGUGU